AUGUAUCAAAGCCUGGCCUUUUCUUCCAAUCAGUCCCAUUACACGCAUGACACCGGGAAUUACAUCCAUCCCUCGGCCAGCUCUCCCGUCUACGUCCCUUCCACCAGGGUUCCUGCCAUGCUGCCCACCCUGCCCUACCUGCAAACCUGCGACUCGCCCCAUCAGUCUCACGGCCUCAGUGGUCAUCACGGCUGGCCCCAGGCCGGCACAGACGGCUCUUCCUUCACGCCCAGCAGCCCCCAUCCCUCACAUGGAUUCUCCUACUCGCACAGCCCGCCCGUGAGCACCAACACCGGGCGAGAUGCAACCUACCAGAGCCCGCUGGUUCUCGGAAACGGAGCUCGCCCUGACCAGUACGGAGGCGCUCUGGUGCGCUCGGUCGGAGGUUCCUACUCCAACCCGUACGCCUACAUGAGCCCCGAGAUGGCGACAUCCUCCUGGACGCCGGGACAUUUCGAAAGCGGGGUGAUCAGCCUGCAGGGCCGACAAGGUGGUCUGUCGGGGAGAAGAUCCAGUCUGGACUUGAUAGACGACAUGCCCACGGAGGGCAGGGAGUGCGUCAACUGUGGCUCCGUGUCGACCCCGCUGUGGCGCAGAGACGGGACCGGGCACUACUUGUGUAACGCCUGCGGCCUCUAUCACAAGAUGAACGGCAUCAACAGGCCCCUCAUCAAGCCGCAGAAACGACUGCAGACCACAUCACGCCGGGCCGGCUUGUGCUGCACUAACUGCCAUACCAGCACCACCACACUGUGGAGACGCAACGCUGAGGGAGAACCUGUCUGUAAUGCCUGUGGCCUCUACAUGAAGCUACAUGGGGUGCCCAGACCUCUCGCAAUGAAGAAAGAGAGCAUUCAGACAAGGAAGAGGAAACCCAAGAUGCCCAAGAAUAAAACAUCCACAGGAUCUAUCACCUCUGACACCGGCUCCCCAACCUCCCUGUCAGUCUCAGAGCACGCUUCCACUAUUAAGAGUGAACCCAACAUGGCCCCGUCACCCUAUGCUGGACAGACUGUCACAUCUGCCACUCAGACUGCUUCUCAGUUGGACAGCACAGCCUCAGGACACGUGGACAUUAAAUAUGAGGAUUUUCCAUUUACUCCAACCUCCUUGGCUCCACAGAAUUCCUGGUGUGCGCUGUCUCAAGCAUGA